AUGAAGGCAAACAGUUCAAGAACGAUUAAAUUCUUGUACAGUAAAAAAUUCAACAUAACUUGUUGGCUUCAGGGGAUUUCCCUUAGUUUGCAGAUGAAUAACGAUAACUUGUUUCUAAAUAACUUUUUAACCUUCAAUUCAUCCUACGGCACAACGAAUUGUCAAAAAAUUUCAGAUUCUAGUUUUUCACAAUUCGUAAACAAACCUGUUCAAUCAAGUCCUGUCAAGGAAGGUCGAUUAACAAGUUUAGUUACGAACGAAAAAUUUAUUUACGUCAUUUAUUGA